AUGGUCACCGAUGCGGCAUCGGACCAGCCAUAUUCCGAGUUAAGAAAGAGGUACGUGAGGAGGGCUGGCGAGUACAGGAUUGGUACAGAAUUAAAAGUAGAUGGUGAACGGACGAAGCUUGGCAAACCCGGCACUGGCAACACACGGCAAAUGCCGAACGUCCCCUUAACCUUAGGCCACAAAUCACUCGCAAAUGGAGCGCCCCAUGGAUGGGAGAAAUACCCAGUAAACCUUUCUUACUUCCUUCCGGAAGGCCCUGUCACCCCCAUUCCUCCAACUAACAAACCAUGGCGCUAUGCUACAGGAGAAAUUGUGCUUGGUAGCCGUCCCGGUUCAAACCCUCUCUUGAGCUUCAGAGAGACACUAUGUUCGAACGCAAGCGGUAGGCUCUGGAACGAGGUCCCCAAUCAGGUGUACAUGUGGGUCUCCGCCGAGCUUGGAGAACUCCAACCCGAACAAUCCCAUCCACAAAGUUUUGCCUUCUCUCUGGCUUAG